AUGCCCUCUCUCCCACCCCGAUACGGCCGCUGGGUACUUAUUCUGGGCCCGGUGGUUCUCAUCCUCUUGAUAUUGCAAUUUAUCCACGCUGAUUUCGGCUCAAAGACCACGCAGGACGUAGUCAAACCCGUUUCCGGGCUGACGAUUGAUACACACAACGAGACCGACUCAAAAACUGAAACCCACCAUGUACCAUCAUCCUGCCCGACAGACACGGGAAUGGACUCAGUGCUGGUAGUGGUAAAAACGGGCAUCACAGAAGCACAAAACAAAGUCCCCGUGCACCUAAGAACGACCCUCCGCUGCGUGCCACACAAGAUAAUCGUCUCAGACUUCGAAGAAGACAUAGCCGGUACACGCACCUACGACGUCUUCCUCAACGUUUCCGACACCCUCAAACAAAGCAACCAAGACUUCGCUAUAUACAACCGCGCCCGCACAGGCGGCCACACAGCCCUAACCUCACAAGACCACACGAAAGUCGCCAACGGCCCGGCCGGGAUGAUGGACAACCCAGGCUGGAAGCUGGAUAAGUGGAAAUUCCUCCCGAUGAUCCACACCGCGCUGCGCGCGAAGCCAGACGCCAAGUGGUUCGUCUUCCUCGAAGCAGACACGUACCCGAUCUGGCCGAACCUGCUCGGGUGGCUGGCGCAUUUCAAUCACGAGGACAAGCUGUAUCUGGGGAAUCAGAUGCAGAUUGGGUCGACUUUGUUUGCGCAUGGUGGGUCGGGGUUUGUGCUGUCUCAUGCGGCUAUUCAUACCGUGGCGGAUUUCCAUAAAAUGAGUGUUGAUGCGUGGGAUGCGAUCACGAACCAGGAAUGGGCGGGCGAUUGUGUGCUUGGAAGGGCGCUUGCUGCCGCGGGUAUUAGGCUUACUUGGUCUUGGCCGCAUGUUACUACUCAGUCGGUUUGGGAGCAGGAUAUGUUGCAUGAGGCUUAUGCGAAGAUACCUUGGUGUUUUGCGCCUUUUACUUUCCACCAUAUGACGCCGGCAGAUGUGGAUCGGUUUUGGGAAUUCGAACAGCAGUGGUUUGCGGCAUCAAAUUCAAGCGUUCUCACAUACAGCGACAUCUUCCGCAACCUCAUCCGCCCAACCCUCGCAGACCACCUAGACAACUGGGACAACUUUGCGAGCAAAGGCGACGACAAAGAAGAUUACAAGGGACCCAAGACUCCCACUUCUUUCGCCUCCUGUGCGGACUACUGUGCUGCAGACCCAGAAUGCAUCCAGUACCGCCUGACAGCCGACUCGCGCUGCACAACGUCCAAUGCGGUGCUGCGUGGGAAGCCCCAGCCAGGCACGCAGUCAGGGACGAUGCUGUGGCGGGUCGAUGCUGCGUUGGAGCGGAUGGAGCAAUUCUUCUCCUUCUCUCAGCCUCUGCUUCUUCAAGACCUGCUAGGAACCACAAUGAAUUCUACCGUGCUGCCCCCCGGCACCUAUUGGGGCCAAUAUCAGGAUAUCACCAAAUUCAAUACCCAUCUGAGCGUGGCAGAGAGAUUGUGGGUCGCAUGGUAUGCGUGGAUGCAGAAUGAUGUCCUGGCCACCGGCAUCAUGUCCUUCCUCAUCCACGAGUUGGUCUACUUCGGCCGCUCUCUUCCGUGGGUCUUCGUCGAUAGCUUGGGUUUCUUCAAGAGAUACAAGAUUCAAAGUAGCAAAGUACCUUCAUUACGCGAGCAAUGGGAUUGCGCCAAGUUUGUGCUUCUGAGCCACUUCACCGUCGAACUUCCUCAAAUCUGGCUUUUCCACCCAAUGGCCCAGUUCUGCGGUCUAUCGACAUCGAUUCCUUUUCCGUCUCCCUGGACUAUGGCAUAUCAGAUUGCCAUAUUUUUCGUCAUGGAGGACACUUGGCACUAUUUUAUGCACCGAGCUCUUCAUUGGGGUCCACUCUACAAGGCUAUUCACAAAGUUCACCAUCAGUAUUCCGCACCAUUUGGUUUGGCCGCCGAAUAUGCUUCUCCUAUUGAGGUGAUGAUUCUCGGCUUCGGGACCGUCAGCUGCCCGAUCCUCUGGUGUGCUUUCACCGGUAACCUACAUAUUCUCACUAUGUAUAUCUGGAUUGUGUUGCGCUUGUUCCAGGCUAUCGAUGCCCACAGUGGCUACGAAUUUCCUUACAGUCUUCACCAUUUCUUGCCUUUCUGGGCUGGUGCUGAUCACCACGAUCUCCACCAUGAGAAAUUCAUUGGGAACUACGCAAGCAGCUUCCGCUGGUGGGACUACCUCCUUGACACCGAAUACACUCCGGAUGCCCUGAAGCGCCGAAGAGAGGAAAAGGCGAAGGCGAAGAAGACACAAUGA